CCGAAUGAUGUCUUCAAUUUUUGACAUUCCGCAAAAAUUUUACGUACAAAAAGUUUGUUUACUAUUAGCGAGCGCAAAACGAUUACUAUCGACAAUAUUUCGAUUUGAAUUUUGAAGCCGCUUACACUAUAAAUCGCCGCUAUGGACAAUUCACUAUCACCAACCACAAAAGAUAAUUUGGAGGUGACGGGAGUUUCGCGCAGCGGUCGAGUACGAAAGAAAUCAUCAAAAUUAACCGAUUUUCAAUCACCCGAUGAUAUUGAUACGGCCAAAGGAACAAAACGUACACCGCACAAAAGCCCAUCAACAAAAACGGCAUCGUCACAACAACGGCCAACACCGAAUGCCGGCACACAUUCAAAAUCAUCAAUUGCAGCAUAUUUUCAACCCGUUUCAAAGCCAAACACCGAACCAUACACAAUCACAUCCAAUGCAAAUAGUGCGGUGAAAAAAGAAAAACCAGAAGUGAUCGUUGACAAAGAGAUCGACAUGCUAUUUUCGUCAAAUAAAUAUUUGGGCGACAAUGAAGAUGCAAUCAAUUUGGAUAAUAAUAAUGAUGCCAUCGAUUCGGAUGAUGAAAACGAAUUAACGAUUGACACAACAAUGCGUAAAAGUGCAUAUAUGUCGGAAAAAUCAUCGAAACGAAAAAUAUUCAAAGAUGGUGAAAUUGUAUUGAGCCGACCGCAACGAAAAGAUAAAGGUAAACCACGAUUUACUGCUUAUAUGCUUUGGGCCAAAGAAGCCCGAAAAGAACUACUCAAAUCAAAUCCAAACAUGGAUUUUUCACAAGCGUCACGUCGUCUGUCGUCAAUGUGGGCCAUUGUCCCGAACAGUGAGAAAAAUACGUGGCGUCGACGUGCCAAACGGGUUACAAUAAAAAAUAAAAAAGCACUUCGAACGGGCGACAAACUCACCACAAAAUAUCUGAACAGAAAACCGGGCCACAAGAAACCGGGCCGUAAGCCGAAAAUACAAAAAGACAGCCAACAAGAGACGAACACAACAUUGCCAACGCCAUCACCAUCGAAAAAAGCCAAAACCGAUCGAAGGUCGAACGCAUCAAAUAGCUCAAGGGACGAUGAUUUAUCAAAACAAAAAUCGAUUCUUAACAACAGUAAUAAUUUAGGAACAAUAUUACCGGGAGCGUACAAAGUGACUGGCAUCGGACCAACCGAAGUGGCCGCUCAUUUAAAGCUAUUAGGUGACAAUCUAACAAUCAUAGGACAACGGCUCAAAGAGCAUGAGGGCCAAAUAACGGUAUCAGGAAGCUUAUCGGUGCUAUUGGACAGUUUACUUUGUUCGUUGGGCCCAUUAAUGUGUCUUACCACAAUCAUACCAGAGGUUGAAUCAGAUGAACAACAUGGUCAUCUUAAAGAUACUCUAGCUAAUAUACUAGAUAAUAUCGCUUACGUGAUGCCCGGACUUUAAAAGUACUUUAGCGAUUUUUAGGGGUUUUUAAGUUGUCUCUUGUUAGUCAAUGCAAUUUUAUUUCAAAAUAUAUAGAUUUUUUGUUUGUGAACCAAAUGCAAAUAAAUGAUUUUUAUGAAACGAAUCGAAAUUAAAA